AUGUCUUACGAUACAGAAAUCGAACGAUUAUCAACUUUGGUGGGAAAUUGCUUUGAUAAACUUUCAAAAUAUAAUAAUGUAAGUGAAAGAUUCGAAAAAAGAAGACAGCAUACAUCGUCAUCAAAGACAACGAAAACUACAAUUCCAAGAAAUCCUCGACGAUUACAACAAACAUCGAAUGGGAAUAAAGAACCUUCAACACCAGCAGCAGCACCAACACCAUUAAAUAAUCCUCCUCUGCCUCCUAAUAACGAUGAUAGAGAUGCUCAAAAAUUUAGCAUUUUUCGAAAUUCAAUAACAUCAAUACAAUCGAAAUUCAGUCUAAAUUGGAAUAAAAAACAAAACAACCGCAACUCCAAUCACGAAGAAAACGACACAAAUAAAUCAAAGCGAAAAGAAAAACCAGAAAAUCACACAAGAAAGAUGGCGUAUCAUUUAUUACGUCGAUACAAACAUCAUUUCGCCUCAUUAGAGACAUUUUUCACCGCUUACAUUACAAAACUCGAACAAAAGUAUACAAAGAAUACUACUUUUCCACCCGUUUGGGAAACUCCAGAUAUUCCCAUGCAUCCAUCGACUGAAAAACAGCUGGUCGCGGAAUUUGAUCAAUAUUCACAUACUGUAUUAGCAGUCGAUGGAAUUUAUUGGCGAGCUGAUAGUUUACGACAACAUGCUUUUUUUGUCAAAAGGAAUGGGAAAUGGUUUGUUGAGGGAAUCAAUCGUAUCCAAGCGAGAGCAUUUGAUUAUCUUGCACAAUAUGAAAGGAUUAUUGCUUUGGCACCUGAAGGAGCAAGUAGAGUUUUAUUAAUGCCAUUGAAGAUGCGCGAAAAGAUGCAAGCAAAACGGGAAGGAAAAUCUGUUAAACACUUUUUUUGCUUUAGAUCUGAAAAUGCACACUUAAAUUUAUAA